GGGUGGGCGUGGCAUGCUAGGGUUCGAUAUAUCUGGUCGUUUCCCGGCACGAAUCUAACAAUCAUCCACAGGUGUCAUAUUGUCCCUCACGGAUCGUAGUCACUACCGACGCUCUUUUGAGACGCCUCCAUUCAUCACAUUUGUAUAUAUAUGAGCAUACUGUUGAAGAUCAUUUGUUCAUUGCUGGAAAUCUUGGUAAUGCCGCGACCUGCUACGUUGCAUUGUGAAAUCCAUGGAUCGACAGCCCGAUGUGGGUUUCCCGCGUUCCGGGUUCAUAUGACGUGCUCGAGCAAUUAUCAAGUCGUCAUUUCCCAAGUCUUUCAUACUGGACCCAUCUCGUAUCAAUCUCGGCGAUGCAGGCCAGUUUGUCGAUUACAAAAAAGGGGAAUCUCGGUUGAGAAAGCACGAAUGGGAAGAGAUGUUCAGCCACCAUGAUGUCUUCUUCCUAUACUUACUUUUUCUAUUGAUUCAUCCCGAUCCCAAUGACUUUAAUUUCAUAGCUUCUCAC